AUGCCCGAUGAAGGGAGCUGCAGAGUGAUGUGGUAUAUGGAGCCUAGUUGUGUGUCCAUUAAUAUUGGACCCUUGGAUGGCGAUAAACAGAAAUGCGAGUUGAAAAACGCAACGGAAGAAAACCAUGCUCCAUUUCUACUGGUGAAUAAAUCAGGUUAUAAUUUUCUUGCAAUCGAGAAUCCUUGCAGCAGCAGUCCAUGUUUGAACAAUGGCACCUGUCAGUCUGGAUUCACCAGUAAAGGUUUUUGUUGUGUUUGUCAGGAUGGAUUCAUAGGGGAAAAGAGCCAAUUAGAAGUCAAACUGAGAAACUGUGCUGAGAUCUACAAAUCAGGCAAAACAGCUGACGGUGUGUACACCAUUAAACCUGAUAACAUGUCUUCCUUUGAGGUAUAUUGCGACCAAACAACAACUGAUGAAGGAUGGACUGUGUUGCAGAAGAGACUAGACGGCUCGGUUGAUUUCUAUCGCUACUGGGACGACUACAAAUAUGGCUUUUGUGACCUUAAUGGUGAAUUUUGGCUCGGACUGGAUAAGAUUCACCGCCUAACCUCAGAAGGCAACAACAUGCUGCGUAUAGACAUGGAAGACUUUGAAGAGAAUACUCGAUAUGCGCAGUACAACAUGUUUGGUAUGACGGGUGAGAAUGACAAGUACAGGAUGAGCUAUGAUUCUUAUUCAGGUCAUAAAAAUUGUCAGCUUGUCAUGCUGAGCGUGAAUAUUCCUAACGCGGUUCCUUUUGUCAGGAAAUGCCGAUGA